AUGAGCCACUGUUGUUCUCAAUGUGAUUUCACGGCGAAGUUCGAAAGCGCGUUGAUGAUGCAUAGACAACUGCAUCACAACUGUGCCGCGGAAGAAUUUCCAACAGUCGAUAAAUUGAAGAAUAAAACAAGCUCAUUGCCUUUAGUGAAGAAAAAGGAAAGAUCUUUUUCGCCAUGUAGCGAAAAAAAAGCCUUAAAAGGUCCGAGUCGAACGUCAUCUGCGACGCGGCUCUUCGACAAGCUGCGCACGCGCAUCUGCCGCAGUAAGACGCUCUUCGUGCACGAAGAAGAGGGCGCUGAGAGCGUCAUUACGGAACCAUCUCCACGGAAUCAUCGGUCUACAAAUCUGUUAAAGGAUCAUGCACUGUCAGAGUGCACUACUAGGACUAUAUUAAAUGACGGACGAGCGGAAAAAUAUUCCUGUCAUUUGUGCUCCUUUGACGCUGAUCGCAUAACAGUUCUAGACAGACAUCUACUUAACCAUCAUAAAAUCGGCUUAGAAAAUCUAUUAAAACUUGUCAUGUCUAAAACGAAAGACGGUCUAAGCGACGAUGCUGCAAUCAUAGACGAAUACGGAGUAAGACAGCCUUACUAUAAACAAGCAGAUGAUAUAAUCGAAGAAGGAGAAUUUAUUAUAGAAACGGUAACACCGAAAAUUAAAAUACUAAAGCAUGCAGCUGUCAAUACUGAUUUAAAAUGGAACGAUAUACCAGAAUUAAAGAACAACUAUAGAAUGAUCAAGAAGGAACUUGAAAGACUGAUCGAUAGUCCAAUAGAAGACAACCAGAAAGACAAGCUGUUACUCAAAAUGCAGAGUCUAAACGAAUGCAUGUGUAAGUUUGUGGACUCGUCAAACACUCUAAAGAAAGUUUUGACCAAGAAUAUCCUUAAAAAUGAACACACAAGUGGACCUGUGUUUAGUUUAGGAUUAGGAGAUCAAGAAACUCCUCGUGAAUGGGAACGUCCUCAUAGCGAGAAACUAGAAAGAAAUAAAUGCAAACAUGACAUUAGAGGCGAGAAGAAAUGCUCCACGGAGAGCUUUUAUUUUUGA